GGGCGGGAAGAGUUUGCGAAACUCAUUCCGCGCGGAGGACACACUGUUCAAAUCAAAGAUGAGGAGACGGGUGAAAGUCGCAUUUACACAGUGACACUCUUUCACCAGCUCAAGUGCCUAGGAAUCAUACGUGACAACUACGCAGCAAUGCGUGCCCCCUCAUUGAUCACUCGCCACUGCAUGAAUUAUCUUCGCCAAUCGAUUUUAUGUCACCCCAACAUGAAAAUCGAGCCGGUCGUAAAUAAUGUGGGGUCCGCCGUCAGGGGAUACGAGACUGUCUGUCGUGACUGGACAAAAAUUUAUGAGGACGUGGACAAACUACAUGGAAUAACUUCGGAUGUUUAG